UGAAACACCAUUAGCGCUUCGGAGGAAAAUACGAUACUGUACAUGGCAACUCGUACCUUUAUUACGAUUGCAAAUUUAGUGGCAUCGAGUUCGUUACGAGACGGAAAUUUUUGCGAAUCUUCGUCCGGAAAUGAAGAGAUCCAGUCGCAAAGCAAUUCGUGCUCUGCAGGAGCUGAAGAUGAGGUGCAGUAAAUCAAGCUGCGGUCUGAUGAUGGUUAAUGAGUCUGAUGAGGAGGUGAGUCCUGUUGUUGCUCAUAACCUGUUAAAUGUUGAUAGGCUCUCUAGUGCAUGAUAAUACGUGGUUUACAAUAAAGAGUGAGGUUAUUCACUAGCUACUCGUGAUUGUGGUGUGUGUACUACCUCACAACGAGUGGUAGACAUUUCAGUGUUGUUUACAAUAAAGAGUGAGCUUAUUCACUAUCUACUCGUGAUUUAGGCUCACAACGAUACUAGCAAGAUGCCAGUACGUAAAAAUAUAUCGACUGGAAUAAAUUGAGAAAAAAAUUGAGAAAUGUACAACGACAAGUACUUCACAGUAUCCUAAUUCUUAGGAGAUGAUGCCAUUAUUCGUCAUUUCGGAACCAGCGGCUGAUAUUUACAUCCCCCAUGAAAUCGGAUGAAAUCAUUUGUGUGCGCUUCGGUUCUGCCCUCGCAUGACUCAUUUUGACGCUAUUUCUAACACCGAACACGUGAUGAUUCGUUCUCACCAAGAUUUAAAAGCUACCACGUGCUCUCAGAUUCUGUUUAUGGCAUCGAUUCAACGACCUCCGAAAGUCUUUUCACCUGCUGCUUGUGUAGUUCCACCGCAUAAUCAUAAACCUCGUACUCGUAACGCAAGAGAUUCUUCAGUUUAGAAAAUAGAUCGCUGUCCUUCUUGAUUUCACGGACCAGCGCAGAGGUCGAUAAUUUUGAUUUGUUCAUCUCCAAAAGUCUUCUCUUGCUUUGUCUAUGGAUGUCGAGGUCAGCAAUCAUAUUUUCAACCAAGGCGUUUUUGUCACUGUUAAUGGCGUGCCGAAUCAGAUUCAAUGAAUCUUUCAUUUGUUCAACGACACCAAUCACGACAGGAAGUUCGGCCAAGUUAGACUUCAUGAGGUUGGUUCUUCUUGCCUCUGUCAUAUUCUUAAUGCCAACUUUCUGUGCAGACGUCAUCAAAUAUGGGUCUAAGGAGUCUUUCCGCUUCUUUUGAAUACUAUUUCUUAUGAAGGCUAGUGCUCCCUCAAAAUCCCAUGAUUUUUCGCGACCUUGUUGAACCAUCUCUUUAUUCUUUUGCAAGUGACUACUCACAUACCUAUCGAUAGGAUCUCGAAAAAAUGUGAUGUACAAGGGGGUCACAACUUUUUCGUCUUCGCUAAACCAAUUGGAAUGCAGCCCUAUUGGUGUAUGCCCAGAAAUAAUGUCGAUAUCGUACUCUCGCAAUUUGCUGUAUGAUACCUCCUCAAACAAACGAGUUUUUUGCCUGACAUUGUAUGCUUGAAUUUCUUCUAUAGAUGUGAUGCUCUGUCUCUCCAAUAUAUUUGAUUCGCCAUCGACAAAAUCAUACGGAAUGCAAGGCCCCGCAUUGUAACCCAUCCCACGCACUGCUGAGUCCGAGCCUUUCAACAUCCAAACACUUGUUUGGUUUGCAAGCGACUCGCUGAGGACACCCGUGCAGCGAAUUGUUAUAAUUCUACGAUUGCAAAUAUGGGCAUAAUUUCGAAAGAACUGUCUGAAGGUUGUUCCUGCAGUUUUGAAUACAUGAACAAAGAACAGUUUCCUGUCUUUUUGUUCUCUAUCGUCAACAUUGCGAUGGCAGGUCCAGAAUCGCGACGGAACGUGAAUCUUCGAUCCUAUUUUGAAAUUUUCAAUAGAACCGAUUGGCGUUUUUUGUAGGAUAAGUUCCUGCGAUACGCUCUUGGAAGCAUCAGUAGGUAUUUUUGGAGUUUCUCUUGGUGAUUCUUUCGCUGGAUCAACAACCUGCGAUCCUUUCUCAGAAGCAGCAGUUUCCUGCGAUCCGCUCUUGGAAGNAAGCAGCAGUUUCCUGCGAUCCGCUCUUGGAAGCAUCAAUAGAUAUUUUUGGAGUUUCUCUUGGUGAUUCUUUCGCUGGAUCUACAACCUGCAAUCCUUUUUCAGGAACAGCAGUCUCUUGAAGCGCAUUCAGUAGAUCCUUUUCACGGGCGACAAAGAUAAUUGACAAUGCACAAGCAAAAGUAAUCACAGCAAUGAUGAAAUGUGAGGUUGGGUUCCGUCUAGUCAUUCUUGUAGUGAUUAUAUAAUGCGUCGGUGCGAAGGAAGAUGGACAAGAUGCGGUGUGUCGAUAGUGGUAUGCCUCAGCGUCUAUUACAGUCUACAACGCGCACACAUACAUUUCACAUGCAGUGAUUGUUCACUGAACGGUGAUUACUGUAUUCCGAAGUACCAGGUAUUGUACGAUGAAUGAGAAUAUCUUUUUUUGUGUCGGACUUUCUGUUCUUUUUUUCAAGGGUUCUUUUUCUUCAGUGACAUAAUUCAUUAUUCACUAUUCACUAUCCACUCGUGAUUUAGGCUCAGAACUAAAACCGGUACUGGUUUUUCUUAACAUGACCUGCAAAUGUUAAUAGGCUCCUUGCUGCGGAUUAAUACGUGGUAUACAAUAGAGGAGUGAGGUUAUUCACUAGCUACUCGGGAUUUAGCCUCACACACGCGAGCAAUUCCAUUAGGUUGUUUUUCUUUCUUCUUUUGUCGUCCUUCUUCUUUUCCCUGCCUUGUAUUCAGGACGUCAUCAAACAUCCGGUGACCGAAACUGAGUGUUUCGGUUAUACUACCGAUAUGUUUGGCUAUUAUUGCCUAACUCUUUUUUUUCGACCACUUUGCAACUGGAGUUCCAAAAUGAAAGGAGCAUUCGUGCGGUAAACGUGUGUUCCGUGCCGUAUUGGACAAUAUAAUACUGUAUGUAAUAUGCGUGAAGGCGAAUGCACGAUUGAUGAUCUUUGCAACAGCAAGCACUACUGAUGGAACAUUGGCUGAAUUGCGAUGCACAAGAGAGACAACAUUUUACUUCCAAUCUCGCCAUUACUCUCUACUGUGGUACUAUGGCGUGUGACACAAAAGCAAAAAGAUUCUUCUUGGAAUACUUCCGUCAAAGAGGUGAAGGGAUUACAAAAUAAUUAUAUUGUUCAUUGGCUUGUGGUUCUUUGAUGUGCACAGGUAUGCGUUUGCUGCUGCUGUUUCGGUGUCUUUACAACACCUGCUAGUAGCUGCAAUAGGGUUCGUACGUGUCGCUCACGGUCGCGUGCUUCGCCCUGCCCGUGCCGCUUCCAUCGGUCGGGGGAAAGGUGGCUCGGACACUAGCAAAGAUCGUGGCGCGGUUUUCGGGAGCCUUCUUCUCGGACUCCGCGAGAGAAAUCCUGGCAAUCGCCGUGUCCGCCGUGACGCGCUGGGUCGCCUCGAAGGAGGCCUCCGCGCACCCAAGGGGUUCCCCCAGUCCGAGCUCGUAGAAACACACCACGAGCGCGUCGUUCUCUUCGUGGUCCGAGACGCCGUGGACGGUGGCCACCAGCUCGGAAUCGCAGCCCACCAGCUCGACAAAAAAGGGUUUUUCCUUCAUGGUUUCGUGCGCCGGAAUCUUGAUGGGAGAGUUCUUGUGGAGCAAUUGGUCCGACAAGAAAUGGUGCUGCGUCCCCGUCUUGGUCGGUUCGAAGCGGCCACUCACGACGACAGAAGACGAGGGCGAGCGGUCCAAUUCUGGCGGAAGGCUCCCCGAAAUGCGGCCGUCCACCCCGAUGGUCCAAUCGAGGAGCCGGUGUGCCGGGCCACGCGCGUGGCCGUUGGUGUUGGCGUUCUUCGCCCCUUCCUUGUUCCAAUCGUCCACGCGGUUGCGGUGGCUGCCGUCUCCGUGGGAUAUGGCAAACAGGUUGAGGCUCUGGUAGAUCUCGUCACUCAUGUCGAACAUCUCUAGCGAGGGGACGCCGGCGAGUUUCGAGUAGGUCACCUCGAAGGUACCGGCCUCCCCAUCGACGUUGAGCCAGAACGACUUUUCAUUAUUGUCGGGUGGCAAGGGUUCCUGUUUUGCUGCGGUUGCAGGCGAUGGAAGCAACGGUAUCAUCAUCAGCAAGCAACACAACGGAGCGCGGAGGAUCGCCUCACGCAGGUGCUUUCUCUUCUUUGCCUCGGGCAUCUUCGGGAACAAAACGGAUUAGAGCGAAACAAACGUACGGGAACGAUCGAGUCGAGUACAGCAGGAUAGAACAACAAGAAGAGGAUACCAGGGAAGGGUAGAGUGGAGUGGAGUAAAAUCGAAAGGAAACUCUUUGUUUUCUUAUAUUUUUGUAGUUGUUUUGUUCUUGACGUUGUUGUUCUGUUCAGGAAGUACACGCCUCUGUUCCAUCCAUCACUACAAUACCGGUACUUCGAAGAAAGAAUGUUUUCAGCCUUACGGCGGGUGGUAUCUUAUUAAUCCUGCGCCAUCAGCACGAGUACACCAGCCGAAUGGCCUUUUUUCAGGUACGAUGAAAAUACAUCUGCUACUACGUACGGGCGAACGUAGAAAAUUAGCUAGCACUAGGUCCCAACGUAUCGUAUGACAUUGUGCUCUACCGUACCGGUACGGUACUAUUGUUACAGUAAGGUUAUUCGUAGUUCCCUACGGUUCGUGCAGUUCUGCUUUCUUAAAUUCAAGGCCUUUCUAUCGGUACUCGUCAAUGGGUCAUUCCCGCGUAAUGUUUUCUGGAAGCACUUUCAGUGGUAGUAUUUGUACUUAAAACUCAGCAGGCUUGCUGACAUUAAAUAGUUCCCCCCAUUUUUGGAAUUUGGAAUCCCGCCCAUAUAAUUGCCCUCUAAUUUUACAAGAUUUACAAGAUUCCAGUGGGGCCAAAAUGAUUGAGAUUUGCAUGGAACCUGCUCCAUCUCCAAAACAACAACAAGAAGAAGUGCUAGCUAGUACUACUAGUAGGAGUAUCAAAAAUGAAUCCUUCUCUGAGAUUGAAACCUCCUCCAAAACAGUCCAUAGUAUCCUCACUAUUUUUGCUAUUGAUUGCUCCUUCACAGUAAAAACACCACACUAGCUCUUUCCACUUGUCAAAUUCCAAUAAAGAUCUGGCUUCUUGGUUAUAAAGAUACAUAUGUCUCCAUGGGCAGUGCUGAAAAUCAUUGAAUUCUUGUCAUUUUGCCCUGUGUAGAUAUGCAGUACUAGUAGCUAAGAAGUGAGUGCAGUGAGAUCAAAAGCAAUACAAACAACAUUCAACAAGCUUAUUUAUCAGACAAAGAGGUUUGUAAUGGUGGUACCCUUCUUGUGCUCAUAGUAGGUGCUCUGGUUGUCAAGAAAUCAGUCUCACCAUGGUGAAGAUGGUGUUUUAGCAAUAAUAUGGAAAAAUCCCUUUGAGUAAGGUUACUUUUUCCCAAGUAGCCUUCAGGAGGUUUUUAACAAUAAAUGCAUUUUAUUACCAAUUAACUGGCACAGUACUGUACAAUUUAUCUGGCACAGUACCAAACAAUUUUAUGGGUGAUUCCUGUUGUAAUAGAAAUUCUAAAUUUGAUAGACAGACAGACAGACCAAAAAUCUAUGACAUGUUGUCAUAGAUUUAGCAUUUUUAGAAUGGGUCAACAGACCCCAUUCUAAAUGUGCCAAAUCUAUUCUAUAACCCAAGAAUCAAAAUUUUGUACAUAAGAUUCAAAGAUUUGACAGAAGUGCAUACCAGUGCCAUUAUAAACCAUUUAAGAUUCCAGAUUAUCAAAAAGACUGAGAUGAAACCUGCCUUCCUUGUUGUCUGUCCCUCAAAAAUUUGAUUCCCAAUAUUGUUGUGAAUUGUUACUAGAAAUGCUAAUUUAUCAUUCUAUUACCAGGUAUCACCCAAGGUUUUUAAUUUUGAAACUUUAAAAUGUGGUACCAGUUGAAGCAAUAUAAAAUUACCCCUAGAAUUAACGAUUUUUUGACCCCUCACUACCUGUAACUUUGGCUGACUAGUUCCAAGCCACUAGAGCAUCAUUUGGCUUCCCUAUGACCUCCUGGAUCUCUAACAAGUAAUUGUAUCAACUUGGUCUGGGUGCUUAGUCUGGUGGUCUGAAGUUGUUUUUGAUGGAGUUCUGGCCUAUUUUCUAACAGUGCUGGUCUCCACUGGCCAAUUUUGGCCAUAAUGCGGCUCUUAAUGGAGAAUGUGCUCUGCCCUGGCUGGCCCCUAGUAACCAUGUAACAAUGACACACAGCACUAUUCUUAACACUUUGAUUGAGCAUAUCCCCAAAGGGCAUCUCAUUAGAGGCAUUUCCUGAGCUGUUGUGGUUAGCUUAUUGAACUGUUUGGGGUUGAAAGAGUGACUGAAUACCAGUAGAUCUAUGUAGGAUCAGUACUAAACACUGCGAUUUUACUGGUAAUUAUUUUUCUGUUUGAAUAGAAUGACUUGAGGCUAUGUAGGACUUAGUAGGCUUAUGAUUAACGCAUUUUUUAUCGCUCAAACUGGUACCUGGUACCCUUCCAUACUCUCCUCGAACUCAAGAUUUUUUCUUCGACGACUACGGUACUACUGUAUUCAGUCUACGUUACGGUAUCGUAUCGUAUGGUACAGUACUCGUAACUCAUGAGGAGGCAGUGGACUUACCGCACUAAAGGAUUCGAACAACGAUGCAAUUCAAUAGGAUGUGACCAGAACGAAGAUUCUUUUGGGCACAAAAAGAACACACCGAACUCUUAACAAUGAUCCCCGUCAUUUACAAAAGUACUAAAACGAAGGCAAUCAACCAACCAUAAAGGACUCGGAACGAUCUGUUCGCCGAAGGAGAAGGAGGCAGUGGCAUUUUGUUGGUCGGUGCCAAUUGAAACGUGCGACC